UGUGUACUUUUGGCGGAAACGAGAACGCAACAUCGCAGGGAACAACUCACAGUAAUAUAGGAAGCUGACCUGCUUGCGAAAUAAAAGUUAAUUUAAAAUAUACACAUCCUGAAACUAAAAUGUCAAAGUAUUUAAAGUUAUGCAUUCCACGUGUAUUUCUUAUUUGCUAUAGUUUAUUUAUGGCAAAUUGCGACCUGCCCUGGACAAAUGAAAAUUAUGCUUACAGACCUGCUGAUGACCACCAUGUUAGUGGGGGAAAUGCCUUCCUCGCGCUGCGGAGCUGCCACCAGGUGCUGCGCGGCGAGAGCGGCGAGUUCUUCUCCCCUGACUACAUGUGUUCCAACCCGCCACUCUGGUGCAACUGGACCAUCCAAGUAGACCCUGGGAAACGUGUGUACCUCCACCUGGAGGAUUUCACCCCGGCUGACGCGUGCCCCGGGAAGCUGGACCAAAUUCACUUGGACGAGCCAAUGGGGGUGGCAGGCGGUCACAGUAUUCUGGAGAAGUGUUGGAGCCAAGCCAGCUACGUGUCCCUCUCCAGCACACUACACGUGGUUUUGCUGAUCGGGGGCAACCCCAGUCCGGCCCAUCGGGGCUUCUACGGCCGCUACAAGGCAUUGGAACCACCGGUCACAUACUAUGCCAAUGCUGGCGCCACGGAAGAACCCAUGAUGACCAAACCAACAAUUAGAAAACCAAAACCCUUGCCAGUUCCAAUAGGUUUUGCCAGGUUUUCCCCCACGAACGGGGGAGGUUCUCGGGAAGCCAUUUCGUUUCAGUUGCCCACCCCGCCAGCACAGGCCAAGCCAGAGGUUUUGUUUGUAGACUUUUUCCACCAGAUCCCUCCGUCUGUGGCAAAUGAGCUUCCAUCAGAGGAGCCAGUGGUCGAAGAGGGCACCUCAACGUUUUCCCCUGUUCAGGGAGAGGAUUGGAACAGGGGGAUCUCAGACGAGACGGAAGAAAUUGAGAGCAAAACCGAUGGCCAAUCAACAGAGGACGACUGGAAUGUGAUGAACCUAGGUGGCGAUUUGGUGAGCCGCAAUUCCGAUGUUCUCUCGACCCCAUCUUCUCCUGGGGUGGUCACGCACCGGGGGACCUCACGGUCAGUGAGGAAGACCACUCUGAACCGCACAGAGCAGACCCAGAGUUUGAAUCCCAGACCCUUGUCACCAAAUACAUCGACAAUGCGAAGGAAUGUUGACGCCCAAUCCCAAGGUACUACUGGUACUGCUAAACAACACGUCCCUCCUACAGUAUCUAACAUGUUUUACACAAAAGAUAUGAAUGACCGAGAUGGAGUGGCUGGUAAUCAAGAAUGGCAGAAUAUCACAGCAGAUGCGUCUACGGCAACUAGUUACACUCCUUCCCCAAUUGAGGCCCGGGAUCCUUUUGAUCAUUUCCCAAACAUGGUUGAACCGUUUUCCAAGAGGAGAUAUGAGAAAGUAAGAAAUCACUCCGAAGUCCCACACCUACCAGGUGACCGCUUAUUUGAGUUGUCUGUUGAAGUCAACUUGACCACAGAGGAGGACUGGAACCACAUUGCAAAGACACUUUUAAUCUCAGUAAAGUCUCUUAUGAAUCAGCAGUUCAAAAUGGUCUACACAGAUGUCCUAUCCUGCAAAAGAAUAAAAAGGCUGAAUGCUGGGGUGCUUUAUAUCUUUUGGCUGCACACUGGAGAUGGACCGACGAGGACGACGGCUCACUGGAACCCGCAUCAAGUCCUGAAGGAGCUGUUGAACAGGGAGGUUAGCCCCAGCAACAGCUCCGCACGCAGCGUUGUCAUCUCCGUGUCUGCCGUAGACGUGAAUGAGUGCUCGACCCAGCUGACGCUGUGCGACGUCAAUGCGGACUGCGUGAACCGCUUCGGGUCCUACGAGUGCCACUGCCACCCUGGGUACAGAGACAUGUCUCCGCUGGGCUCAGGAGGGACCUUGUGCGUCAACACCACUGGCACCGGCCACUACAGCUAUUCAUCAGCACAAAUGGGGGAUUUGAUCAUAGGCAUCUAUGUGGUGUGCUUCCUGGUCAGCUUCCUCAUCCUGCUGCUCUGUGCUGCUGGUGUCCUGUACCUCCGCCGCCACCAGGGGGCCUUCGCGAUCUCCUGUUGGAGAAGCGGCCUCCCUCCCAUCCCACCCCCGGACUACAAAAGGAACAACGGCGGGAACGGCGACGGUUCCAUCAGCACCCACCCUGAGCUUCCCCCUCCUCCACCACCUCCGAUACGGAGGCCCAAGGAAGGCUGGGUUCACCCCCAGGACUGCUGCCCCUCCGUGGACCUGCCCCUGCUGCGCUUCAGCCCCCUGAGGCCGCUUGACGGGCACAACAAACCAGAGGGUGGAAAGCUGUGAAGUUGGCUUUGUGGUCCUGAUCAUCCAAUAAGAGAAUUCAGUCCUAAUUAUGGGCAUUAUACAUCACUAUUUUAUGAGUUAAUAUUUUUUGGUAAAUUCCUCAGGUGUAUCUAGUACAUUUGAGUAAUUGUAUAUUAGUUUGCAACGGUCCGUCUUUAGGAAGAAUGUGUACCCUCUCACCACAAGGGGAUUUCAUUUGUCGUCCCCCCCCAAACAUGCAUGUGAAUAAAGAUGUUUACUUGCUCUACA